AUGGGUUAGAUUCAAGCUUUCACACUAGGUCCAUGGUUGGCUAAGAAUGAGUUAGGCUUCUCUAUUAGCGGGAUUAAGUCAUUUUUUAAAUUAUUAUUUACCACAUUAAUUAUUUUUUCCAAAAGUAAAUAUUUUUUUACUAUAAAAAUCUGA